AUGGUGUUUUUUGUAUGUGAAGGCUGCAAUGAAACGUUAAAGAAGAAUAAAGUGAAUGCACAUGUCGGAAGAUGUCGUAAUUUUUCGGCUGUGAGUUGUGUUGAUUGUAGUGUCGUAUUUGAAGGCAAUGAGUACGCAGCACAUACGAGUUGUAUCUCGGAAGCUGAGAAAUACGAAAAGAGUCUUUAUCAUAGUGAUAAAAAGAGUCACAAGAUGAAUGGCAGUACAAAGCAAAUGACACCACAGGAACGAUGGAUGAAUAUUGUACGGUCUGCUACUUGCUUGGACGAUUGCAAGGUACAGGACGUACUUACACGCCUUGCCACCUACGAUAACGUACCUCGCAAGAAGAACAAAUUUAUUAAUUUUGUCAGCAAUAGCUUGGCAUUACAUGAUAUGACACUUGUAGAAAAGGCUUGGACGAUGUAUGAGAUGGCCUUCAACACUUCUGUAUCAGAGAAAAUUGAACAGAAUGCAAUUAGUCGUGUUGCUGUCGAGGAAAACAAUCAUAAUAAACGACUUGGUGAGACGGUAAAUGAUGACACAGUAGUUCGUAAGAAGACAAAGACGGAAGAUCGACCGAUCAAAUGGAGCAAGAUAGUCAAAUCGACGCUCAAACGAUUUGGAAAGGAGCUGGAGAUGGAAAUGCUGCAAAAUCAUGUGCUGAAGCAGAUUCAGGAGAAGAAACUGUCGAUGAAAAAUGAAAAGGAACUGAAGAAGGAGUUCAAAGCGUCUAUUCGAAAGAAUGAGAAGGUUGAGGUCAUUGAGGUUGUUCGUCUUCAAUGA